ACAGAGAGCAGCUGAAGAAAACAGAGAAGAUGUGAGCAGAAAUGAGUGGACUCUGGUUUCCUCCAUGAGGAGGACUGAAGGAGGACAUAGGAGUCCACCCUCACUGUGUGUUUUUGUGUGUAACUGUGCGUUCCUGUGUUUGUGGUCUGCAGAGAUCGUCCAUGAAGAUGUGAAGAUGAGUUCAGAUGGAGAAAGUGAUCCAGCUUCUUCUUCAGAUGAUGUUCAGAGUCCAGUUAGAGUCCGAAUGAGGAACAAGAAGAUCUCCACAGAGGACAUCAACAAACGUCUGUCCUUACCUGCCGACAUCCGUCUCCCAGAUGACUACCUGGAGAAGUUUAAUGUGAUUGGUCCGGCUCUGUUUGAGCAGCCAAUCAGCAGACGCUGCGUCGGGUGUCUCUGUCAAGAGAUUGGUUUUGGGAAACUGGAGACGUACAAUCAAACUGGACAACUGGGAGAGGGAACCUAUGCUACGGUGUAUAAAGGUCGCAGUAAGCUGACGGAAAUCGUUGCUCUGAAGGAGAUCCGACUGGAACAUGAAGAAGGAGCUCCAUGUACUGCGAUCAGAGAAGGUGGUUCCACAGAGCUGGGGCUGAUGUUCUGGGUCAUUAUCUGCUGUAGGAUGAACCUCUGA